GAAGAUGACAGUUAUGAAGAGGUAUGGUCUGAGGUUAUUCAUAUACCUCAAAUACAUAACGGCCAACGUGGUGGACCGGAACAACGGGAGGAUAGUGGCGACGGUGGAGCACGCGCUGAAGGACGCAUUGGAGAGCUGCCGUACCUGCAACGGCUAGGCUGCGGCGGCCGUCGGAGGUGUUCUGGCGAUGAGACUCAAAAGUGGAAGGCCUCGACCAGGGGCUGGCGCGUGGGAUUCUCGCGGAUGUUAAGAAAGAGAUCCAAAAGAGAAGGGCCUCAAGAGUAG